AUGGUUUUUUCGGGAAUCUUUAUCGAUAAUCAAUUUUCUGAUCCUUUAAUGUUUUGGAAACAACAUGGUGUUGAUUUACCAUUAUUAUCAGAUAUGGCUCGUUGCUAUUUAUCAGCUCCUGCUACAAGUGUUCAAAGCGAAUCGGCUUUUUCUAUUUCUGCACAUUAUGCAAGAAAAGAACGUUCUCGAUUAUCACCCGAUAAUCUAGCGAUGUCAGUAUUUCUUAAAGACAAGCUUUAA